AUGAACUCGCGCACCAACUCGCAGAAGAACAUGCUGCUCGAGGCGGGAGAGAGCAUCCUGCGGGUCGGCUCCUUCCACGACCUGUCGAUGUGGGAGCAGCACACGACGGCCGACGGUUCUCCGAUCGUCUCGGCGGCGGAGGAGGAGUCUGAAGACUCGCGGGACCACGACGAUACGCCCGAGAAGCCGAGGAGGAGUCUAAAGCACGCACAGAGCCUUCGCGUCGUCCAGGCUCUCGCGCCCUCGCUUCUCGACGAGAAGGGCACCGCGCUGUCCGCCGGCGGUGUCGCCGCCGCGGCGGCCUGCGGCGCCGCAGCCUGCCACGCGCUGCGGCUGCUCAUCCGUGAGUUGCUAGAGAAGCUCGCCGUGACGCACAGCGAGGCACGCCGCCUCGACGACCGUCCCGGCUCUGCGCUGCUGCGUGCGCGCACGCUUGAGCUGUACAUCCUGUCGCUGCUGCACCACGGCGCGUGGGUGACGAUUGGCGCGCGCAAGCUGCUGCUGGCUGCCAGGAAGGGCCUCCGCGUCUAG